UUCGCGCAUCUCGCUGCAGCAGCCAUCAAUCACCACCCACACCUCUCUCUCGCGCAUACCACCCCUUCACCACUAUCGCACGGCACACACGCCAUGUCAAGUGGAAACCACAGGGCUUACCAGCCCAUCAAGCCAGCAGCGAGCCGCAUGCUCGCCAAGCGCUGGGAUGACUCCUCGUACGGCCUGCACCGCAAGAAGCUGCGCAACGCCAAGCCCACAGUGGACACGCGCGCACCAAAGACGUACAUGCACCUCCAGCUCAAGCUCAAGAAGCUCCAAAUGGAGGAGGAGCGCCUUGCAACCGUGGAGCGUGACAACCGCAUCCUUUUGGAGAAGAUGUCGCACAUCAUGCGCACGCGUGGUCGUGUUGACAACCGCAACGACUACGAUCACAAGAGUCUGAACAAGACGAAGCGGCAGCAGGAGCUGCUGCGUAUCACGCACGAGAACCAGGCCAUCCUCAAGCGCAUCACCGCCAAGCAGCCCUUCUACGACCGGUCCGCAUGGGCCCGGGAGUACGACAAGGCCCGCCAGUACCAGGGCCAGAUCUCGCGCUUCCCGCAAGGAGAAGAGACGGGGGCGUCUUCAUCGACGUCGCGCGCAACCAAGGGGAAACGCCGUGGCAAGAGAGAUACAACACCGCCCCCUCCACGGGAGUCAAUCCUGACAAAGGAGGACGUGGUCGCCGCUGUUGCGCCGGGCGCUGCUGAGCAGAAGGCGCUGAAGAUGAUCAACGACCGCGCGUUCCUGGAGGACCUGUGGAACCAGUGCGAUUUCAACGGCAACGGCGGAUGCAGCCUGGCCGAGAUUGACAAGAUGGUCGUUGAGCGUGGCUGGAACCUCAGCAAGCCUACCCUCCUCCGCGCUUACAAGAAGACGACGCUGAAGGACGGGGACCAGGACGCGUGGGUUGAGCGGGACGAGUUUGCAGCGCUGAUCCGCAACAUGUUCCUGUUUGAGAACCUCUGGUCCCUCUUUGACGACCUCGACACGGAGGACGACAGGCGCGUCAACUUUGACGAGUUCCGCCUUGGAAUGGCCAAGAUUGGCUCCCGCAUGAGCGAGGAGGACGCAAAGAAGGAGUUUGCAAAGGCAGACAAGAACGGUGGCGGGCAGAUUCUGUUCAAGGAGUUCUGCAACUACAUUGCCUCUGUGCUCGGCUUUGACAUUGAGGCCGACGAUGCGAAGUGGAAGGACUCCAGCAAGAAGAAGAAGGCCGGUGGGAAGAAGAGCGAACACGACACAAAUGCUGAUGUGUCGACGGAAAAGUUUGAUGAACUGGAGACCAAGUUGAUGGCGGACCUCAAGGCCGGAAAGGCGGGCGACUUCUGGAAGGAGAUUGACUUCAACAACAACAAGAUCGUCUCGCUCGCGGAAAUUGACAAGUGGGUGGUUGAGCGUUAUCCGCUGCUGAACAGCAAGCCUGCACUCAUGCGCGCAUACAAGAAGACGCUUGCAAAGGAUGGCGAUGACGAUGAUUUUGUGCGCGAGGAGGAGUUUGCUUCGCUGCUUCGCAACAUUUUCUACUUCAACAAACUCUUUGUUGCCUUUGACGGCAUCGACACAGACAACGACAGGCGGAUUGACUUGAGUGAGUUCAAGCGCGGGCUGUCGCACUUCGGUCUGUCCCUGAGCGACGACGAAGCACAGAAGGAGUUUGAUGCGAUGGACUCGAAUGACGGCGGUGUUGUCCUGUUUGAUGAGUUUGCAGCCUGGGCAGCCGCCAAGAAGAUGCCAGUCGAUUGAUGGAUGAUGUGAUGAUGAUGAUGAUGCUGCUGCUGAUGAUGAUGAUGCAUUGGUACCAGUGUUAGCUGAUGUUGACUGUGCUGUGCAUCUGUUGUCGUCGUGCGUGCGGACAUUGUGUUGUGUAUUUUCAUGGUGUCCUUCUUACCUCUGUGCAACGCUGUGCUGAGUGGUGUUGGUGUUUGUCGUGCCACUGCUCCCGUGGUUUGCGCGUGUUCUUGUGUCUCACUUCAUUUCCAAGCAAGUCGUUACGGUUGCGUGCAACGCGCAUUGUGCUGUGCAUCUUGUUUCUUCUCUUUCCUUGCUUGCCUGCCGUGGCUAUCAACGUCACUGUGUGUGCUUUUCUUUCUUCCUUUCUGUGUGUUUUUGUCUCUUGUCGUCAUUCAUCACCAGCCCAACAAGCCAACUCAUGUCAAACAAAAACAACCUAAGCCAACGAA